UAUCAAAGAAAAAAAACUAGAAAAUAUGAAGAAUACAUUUUCAUUUGUGGUUGUAAUCAUCUUCUUUGUCAUGCUUUCUUCCGUUGCUAAUAAGGUGAAGGCAAACUCAUGCCAAGACCCUCUAGGUAGUUGUCUACAAUGUGAUGAGAGAUGCAAGGCUAAACACGGGCCAACGGGCCAAGCAAGUUGCGACACUAGAAACCAACUAUGCACGUGCUAUUACACGUGUGGACCUUCAUCACCAACUCCUCCACAGCACAAACAAUGCUACGGUGGGACUGGCUUGUGCAGCAGUGCAUGCAAUCAAAACUGUGCACAAAAGUAUCUUGGUGGAUCUGGAUUUUGUGAGAGCAUUGGCAACUCUAGACUGUGCAAAUGCCAGUAUCCUUGCUAA